CGGGAAUCAAUACUCCCCAUAUCUUCUUUUCUGGCUUUCAAUGCCCGAAUUUGUCUUCUACGGGGCAAUUCCUUCAGUUGUGCUACUCUUGACAGUAGAAAGAUGUAUAGCCCUAAAAAUCGCUUUAACAUGGGUCAGCAAAAUAUAUCGAUGGAUCAGUCUCGCAGUUUUUAUGGCCAUUGUUGGGGUGAAUAUGCUAGGACAUUUGCUUGAACUACCCCUGUUUGAUGAUAAUCCGGAAUUGAUCCCUAUAUGCGAAACAGCAAGUUGCACAACCACAAACUGGCGUUUAUAUUUUCAACUUACUUCAAGAAUUGUUUUGAGUAGCGCUAAUGUUGUGAUGUCUAUUGUAUUUUUGUUGUUGUUGCAUCAGACUGGGGCCGCCAAAAAAUUGAAGAAUCGGGUCAUUUUGUUUACUCUUUUUGUUGAAUUUGCUCUAGGAGUUGUGCCAACAUUUACAGCCAUAAUUUUUAAUAAGUACACAAGUAUGUAUAUUGGAGGUGUUCCCAAUGCUGGAGAGAAGGGAGAGAUUGUCAUUCUACUUACUGCUGUAGAUUCUGCCCUGUGUGGAAUUUUGUAUAUGGCAUUAUUGCUUAAAUGCAAUGCUUCCCAAACAGUUGUCUCAACAAUACAUGCUAGAAAUAUUGAGAGGACUAAAAUUGAAGUUCAGAAUACUACAGUUCAACGAGGGCCGUUGAUGAAUAAUAAUUUUAUUAAUAAACAAACUUAG